AUGGCGUCCAAGAGAAGCCUGUCCCCCAGCGACAUGCCCAAGUCCGAGAACAAACGCCCUAGAAUAUCAAGUACCGAUGGCAUCGAAAGCCUGAGUCAAAGCGCCCCGCUCGGCGCUCGAGCAGACGAGCACGAAGAGGCUGUGGCCUCACUCGCGCCCACGCACCACUCCAACGCCAGAAGCGGACUGCAGCGGUCAAUAGCCCUCGUCCUCAAACACGAUGGGUUCGAAUCAGCCACCGACGAAGCCAUGGAGAGCUUCACGGGCAUCGUCGAGACGUACAUUGAAUCCAUGAUCGAAGAAGUCAAGCGCUUCGCCCUCGCCGCCCGACGCGAGCAUCCUAUCCCCACCGACUUUGAGCUGGUGAUGGGCUACUACAACCUCACCACGCGCUCGCUCCGACCCCACCUCAAGAACCCUCUCCCCCAGUCCGAAGUCGCGCCGAAAUUCCAGGUGCUCCCGACCGCCGACAACGAGGCCCUCGCGACGUUGCCUCUUCUCAGCGACGAACUGAGUGGUCAGGCCGACAAGGACGCCAAGCAAUACAUCCCUUCGUCGUUCCCCGACUUUCCCAGCCGCCACACCUACCGCUUCACGCCUCAGGAAGACACGAGCGUUCGCGAUUCCAAGAAGAUACGUGAGGAGGCGGCCCGCACCGCCGAGCAAGGCGAAGAUGCGUUGCGGAGGCUUGUUCGCGCGUCCAAAAUGCGCAAGCAAAAGGAGGUCAAGUCGCUCGUCGAGCGUGACACCGAAGGCAAAGAGCGCUUUCGACUUUGGGAGGCGACCAUGAAGAGGUUCAUGGGCGCCGAGGCCGGUCUGCGCAGUGACGGUGCCGCCGCAGACCAGGUAGAGAUUGCCGACCACAGCAUGAUUGUCAACGGCGACACCGUCUUUGCGCGCAAGGAGGUGGCUCGGAUGGGGAAGCGUGUCGGCGGGCUCUCCGCGAACGGGACGUAG